GAAAUGGCUCUCUGCGACUCUCUUCCUCUUAUGCCUGACUUCUACAUACAUACACGCCCCCGCCCUGCAUAUCGUAUUCUCGUAUCCAAAUAAAAAACUGCGUACUUACUCUACACACUCUGUGUAAAAAAAAAAGUGUACAGAACUAAUCCGUGAGAGCCUCUAUUAGCCUUUUAUAAGUAUUACCUAAUUUGUAGUAGUAAAAAAUUGGAGUGUGCAGCUUAAUUACAAUAGGCAAGGGUGUAAGCCGAAUAAAUAAAGAUUUCACCAAGUGUAUGGAGGGCGUCCCUCGCGAGAGCGAGAGCUCAUCUAUCUAGUUGAUUUUGCAGCAGACGGAGACUACUACAUCCGUUUGCAUUGCAAGUGACGACCAAAGGGUUGGCCACCACUCCUGGGUGACACUGCAGCGAAAAGGUUUUAGUUUCUGGAAAAAAAAACACUGUCAAUCGAUCCAUAACUCACCAGAGACAAAAAAAAAAAACCGUCACAAAUGUCGUGCUUGGAAGUGCAUCCGGAAACUCUCUCGCUCCAAAUGGGCUGAUGUAUGUACUGUUGAUACCUAGGUAUUUAAUUUAGGUAGUACCUAGGGGGUUCGUACGUUUGGUUGCUCGUCGGAGGCACAGGCGAUUUGUUGUUUAAGUGCAAUGGCAUCGUCUUCGUUAUCGAUGUGACUCCACGGAAUAUUAGCGUGACAACAAUAAUAUGGAGCUGAAAGUGUGGGUCGAGGGUAUACAGCGCAUCGUCUGCGGGGUUACCGAGACUACCACUUGCCAGGAUGUGGUGUACGCACUUGCACAUGCGACAGCUCAAACUGGCAGAUUCACCUUGGUGGAACGAUGGAGGACCAACGAACGUCUGCUUGCUCCGUAUGAGAAUCCUCUCAAGAUAUUAAUGAAAUGGGGCGAAUACGCCUCAGAGGUACAGUUGAUACUCCGAAAAUCUACGCCUGAGGGUAAUAAAAAUACCGCUUCUGCGAAUCCUAGACCUGUACAUACAAAUAGAGCCAACGGGAUUCAAAAUCCUUUGGCAGAGCACUCAUUGAAUAAUAGUUUUUACGACAGUGUUAAGGGUAGCCCGACAAUAGGAUCAGACUUUGACGAUAUUCAAAGUAGUUUAGAAAGAAAUCAUGAUAUUAGGAAGUCCUUAACGUUUAGCGGACUUCACGGAAAUAUGAGUGAUAUUAGCCCCGAGAUCCAAAUGGAAAAUGUUGCCAUAGUUCAACCUACUCCACAACUUAAAUCAAAAGACUUUGGAGGAAGAAAAACGUCUCAAAGACUUGCCCAGUCUCCUACCAGAUCUGCAAAUAUCGAUGCACAAAGUAUUUAUGCCUCGCAAAAGAAAAUACGUGAAGUGCCUCCUUACAGAGAUCCUCCCGGACCAACGUCACCACCACAGAGAACUCUUCCUCCUUAUCGCGAUCCACCGCCGCCUAACUUAAACAGCCCUGGAAGGUCGCAGUACUUACCAAACACAAGUAACACGAGUAGCGGAUGUAGUCCUCAUCUUUAUAAAGAACAAAUGUCACCCAACAAUCCCGCCAAGUCCAAAAGAAAUCUUAUUCAGGAAUUUCAAGAAACAAAAGGACAAAAUCAAAACGUCAAUCCCAUUGCCAAUCAAGGGCAAAACAUGGUGACGGUCGCAUAUACUCAAAGAUAUGUUGAACUGAUCAGACUAGUCAAUAGGCAAAGGGAUACAAUCAAUGCUCAACAAGCUGAUCUGACUAAAUAUGAUGCUGAAAUUAUGUAUUGGGAGACCAAGAAUAAAGAACAAAUGCAUCAAAUGGACUUUAUAACGCAGGAAGUGAAUAGAAUAGAAUCGUCUAAUAAACUCGUAGAGGAUCAAUUGAAAGAAUUAGCACACGUGGAAGAAGAAAACGAGAUUGUCAAGCAGCAAGAAAAAACGCUUAAAUCAGAAAUCACCCUCUUGCGAUCUAAGCUCGCAAAUUGUGAAACGGAAUUGCUUCAGUGCAAAAAUAAAAUCAGGUUUGUCAUGGAAGAAUUAGCGAUGGAACAGCAUAAGAUUAAUCGCGAGACCGAUGAAUACCAGAUGAUAGAGAGAAAAAUCAUCAACGAAAUGGAUCAUCUCCAAAACGAAGUAGAGCAAGCCAAGCGUUCUGCCGAAAUGGCGACACAGUGCGCCGAAUCGUUGAAGCAGGAAGUUGUAAAUAUCGAAGCUGCCAUUGUUGAUAAAAAAUUGCAAGUAGAGAGGCUUGUGACCGAUAUGAAGGAAGCAAAUUUACAAAGCCUUACAGUCGCGUGUCAAGACGAACAAGUAAAACAUUUGCUCGAAGGAGCUCACAAGCCGGGAAGUACAAGAAAAAUGAUAGGCUCUCCCAGGCAAUUGGAAACUGCGGUGCCUACUAGCAAAAACCCUCACGGCGUGUGGGUUUAAUAAGCUGUAAUGAUCUCGAUCUACUGAUAUAUAAUUAUGAAAAAAAAGUAGUCGGCUAGUAUCUUUGAUUGUUAAAUUGUGAAACGAUUAAUCAGCAAUUUACUUUUAAUCGAGUCAAUGAAGCUUGCAAUUUGCAAACUUGAAGUGACUUUUUUUUAUUUUAUACCGUUGUUGACAUUAGUAGUAUUAUUUUGUUUUGAAAAUCAAUUAUAAAUUUUAAAUGAAGACACACUGCCAUAAGUGUUACUCUACUAUUAUUUAAAAAGUUUUAUCCGUUGCCUUUGAUGAAUUGAAGCGUUGUCUUAACUGAUUUGGCCAUUGUGUGUGUAAUUUUUUAUGUAAAGCAUUCAUUUUAAUGAUAAUUCUGUAUGCUCGUUUGCCAAAGCAUUAAAUUAAACUGUAUCGCUCAUCAGUUGCAACCUAAUCUAAUUAAUUUUUACCUUUUAAAAUUACGACGUUUUGAUCCAGUACUUAACAACUUCCAUUAUUAAUGGAGAACAAAAUAAAAACAAAUACCGAACCUACAUUAGGAAUUGUUACAUGUAAAAAAUGAGUGUAAAAUAUAUUAGUACCUUAAAAUAAAU